UCUUUAGCCUAUCAUCAAAAGCACUGUUCUGGUUUAGGAGAAGCAACUCAAGAAGUCAAAUUACCUAUCAAGGAUGUCAAUGACCUUGAGAAGCUUAAGAACUAUAGUCGAAUGAUCAAUGCUCUAUGUGUUAUUAUAGCUGACUUUGAGGCUGAUAAUAAGAAAUGCGAUGAGAAAUAUGGAGGGCAAAUAGGAGAAAAUGCUAUUCAGGAAUUUGUUAAAAGAAUUGAUAAGGAAUUAGUUCAAAUUAAUAGGGUCUUAGCUAUAAAGCAUGACCGAAUUAAGACUGAAGAAGACAAGAAAAAAUUUACUAAAACAAAUACCUGCUGGAUAUGUAAAGAUAAAUUCAAUAGAGAUAAUAAAGAUAAGGUUUGGGACUAUUGUCAUAUAACAGAUAAGUUUCGAGGACCUGCUCACAAUGCUUGCAAUCUCAAACUUCAGAUUGAAUCAUGGAAAACUCCUAUCUCAGUUGUCUUUCAUAAUUUUCAGGGCUAUGACUCUCAUUUAGUCUGUAAAUCUGUUGGGAAAUCUGUUAAUGCUUAUCAGAUAAAAGUUAUAGCUGAAACAUUUGAGCAUUAUAAAUCUAUGAAGGUAGGUCAACAUAAAUAUAUAAAUAACAUGCAAUUCAUGAAUAAUAGCUUGGCAAAUCUUAUGAAAAAUUUGGGUUCCAAUCACUCUAUUACAAGCCAGCACUUUAAAGACUAUUCUUCAGAUCAAAUUUCAUUAGCAAGUUGUAAAGGAGUUUAUUCUUAUGAUUAUAUAGAUUCUCAAGAAAGAUUUAAGAAAACAGAGCUUCCUCCUAUCCAUGAGUUUUAUAGUAUUCUUAAAGGCAAGAUUUCACAAGAUGACUAUUAUCAUGCCCAAAAAGUAUGGAAAACUUUUGGUUGUAAGACUCUAGAAAAAUAUCAUAAUCUCUAUCUUAAGAUUGAUGUACUUAGUCUUGCAGAUAUUUGGACCCAAUUCCAAAUGACAUGUAUGCAGUAUUAUGAGCUUGAUCCUAGUCAUUAUGUUUCAGCACCUGCAUUAGCUUGGAAUGCUAUGCUUAAGAUGACAGGUGUUAAAAUAGAGCUCUUUACAGAUAUGUCUAUGUAUGAUUUUAUAGAAGAUGCUAAGCAUGGAGGUAUAGCUAUAGCCUGUAAGCGCUAUUUCAAAGCCAAUAAUCCAAAAAUAGACAAGAAAUUUGAUCCAUCUAAACCCACAACAUAG